AUGACGUUUGCAGACUGGUUGGUGGCGGCGUCGUUCUCGCACCUGAUCACGGCGCUCUACGUGGGCUCUCUGUAUCUCAGCAAAUCCACCCGGCCCUCCAAGCUCGUCCGAAGAGACGACGAGGUGGUGGUCAAAAAACGCAUGCAGAUUAUAUCGCUCGGCACGCUCGUGGACGUGCUGGUAAUCACACCGCUCGUGCUGCAAUGGCAGCUCAAGCCGCAGAUUGUCACGUGGUCCGAGACCAUCAAGUUCAUGGACAUUGAGCUGGGCCCGCACUUCUUCACACGCACCGUGCCUACCUCGGUGCUGGCUCUGAUCCACGUGGCGAUACUGUUUGCUGGCCCGCUGUACCAGCGCAUCUACCUGGAAAACGGGCUCCCGCUGGGCUUCCACCUGGCCAAACGCGAGCUCAAGACCGUGUGGGGCAUCCGAAACUACAUUGUGGGACCCAUCACCGAGGAACUCGUGUUCCGAGCUUGCAUCAUGUCCGUGCACAAGGCUGCGGGCUACUCGCCUCUGGCGUCCGUGUUCGUCACGCCGCUGUAUUUUGGUGUCGCUCAUCUGCACCACGGCUACGAGCUUUACGUCAGCAUGGGCAGUAAAGGGAAGAACAAGGUCAUGGUCAUUGCGCUGCAGUGCGCCGUGCAGCUCGUCUUCACCACGCUCUUCGGCUGGUACGCCGCCUGGCUCUACGUGCGCUUCCAGUCCGUCUGGCCCCCCGUGUGCGUCCACAUCUUCUGCAACGCCAUGGGAGUGCCUGAUUUCUCGGUCGAUGGAGUCACCAAGAAACAAUUCAAGACCUACCAGACGCUGCUGGCGGCUGGAUUUGUCGGUUUCCUUGCCACAAUGACCUUGUUGAUUCGGUGGUAA